GAGCAGGAACAUGAUGCUCUCAAUGCAAAUUAUUCUUCUCUCAGUAGUUACACUAGCUCUGGCUGACUGGGAUGCAAAUACUGCUAAAAUAUUACAAAUGCAUAAUGAUUAUCGUCGACAGAUACUCCAGUGUAAAGUGGACGGACAACCAGCAGCUAAGAGAAUGCCUCAACUGGUAUGGGAUAAGGAACUGGCUAGUCAAGCGAAAGCAUUAUCGAGAACCUGUAAACUAUCAACUAAUAGUCCUACAAACAGAAGAUUUCGUUUCGUUGGACAGAAUGCUGGCACUUGUACAAGUGUUGAAAAUGUCAUGGAGAGAUGGUUCUCUCAGCAUAAAUCGUAUAAUUUUAAAAACCAUCAGUGCAGUGGCCAAUGUCUAAACUACUUGCAGAUGAUUUUUGAAAAUACUACAUAUAUUGGAUGUGGAGUCACUAAAUGUCAAACGAAAGAUAAACGUCAAUACUUCCUCGCAGUCUGUAACUAUGGGCCAGGGUAAUUUAUUUCUCUGAUUUGUAUUGAUAAUUGUUUUCAUUAUACAAUGAAGUAUUCAAUUUAUUGUUAAAUAGGUAAGAAGCAUACGUUACGCAAUUGAUUCAACCAGGAGAAGGUUUCGACUUUUAGUUUUUAUAAAUAGUGAUAUCUAAUCUUAAUAUAUGUAUGUGGAUAUUAGCAAACACUCCAGUGUGUGUUUGCAGCGAUUUCAUCGAUUUCACGUGUAUUCUAGGAAUCACCUGAUAUAGCGAACCACUAGAAUUCACAUAGUAAAUGCUACAGGAGUGUUAAGCCAUGUUCAUCCAGGGCUGGAGCUCCCAUCAACUAGAUUCCGUUCCAGGAACUGGAUAGUCCUUACGCUCAUUUUGUAAGCCGGAUGUCUUGAUGUCAAUUUUAUGAUGGGCUCGUUGGCCUAAAGCACUGCUGAACUAUCCCGAACAAGAACGCAACUACUCUCCAGCAUUCUCCUUUCUUCAACGGUUCCCUAAGUGAAGUAACUUAGUGAUCGGGCUUAGAACUCACAUUCCAUAACAGUUAUACUAUUCUGGUUUUAAAGUGGAUUAAUGUUUGUAUAGGUAGAUGACAUAUACGCAAGAUACCUUCAUCGUCGUAAAAUUAAUCGAAAAUUUAUCAUGUUGAAGGUGAAGGAUGCAGUUCCAUAAAUUGAAGGUACUUAAUUAUUCGAAUUUAUCUUCUCACCAACAUUCUCUUAGGUUACCAGUUGAAAAAAUGGGCUUCAUCAGGAUAUAUCCAUUUCGUUCCCUCCCCUCUGAAGACCUUUAUGGCUGACCAUAUAACUGCCCAUAAUCUACUACUGCUACCCGUAUUUCACACAUUAUCCCCACCCAGAGACAGCCCUCACUCGUCGUUUCCCGUUCAAGUAAGAACAGAGGGCUGUGUGCGAUAUGUCACGCAGCAGUCGCCUCAACGUGUGACCAAUCCAUCUCAAUUUUUUUACGAAUAUUUUGUUGUGCAACAUAUUAUUGAUUGGGCUCUUCAGAAUGUAGUCAGCUAACGCAGAUGUUGGUAAAUAUCUGAAGUGACGCGAAGGACGAAUUUCAUUAUCAUAAAGUACCAUGGAUGUCUAAAAUCUGAAUUUCAUCAAUUUUGUGUUGAGUUCUGAAGAUUUCCAAAAUGAUAUCGAAGCGAUGAAAAUAGAUCUUGUCUUUCCAUUUGUGAAUAUGACAUUUAUCCGUAAAAAUAACCUCUAGUUGGAACGAUACUGCCUAGCUAAGUGAAAGAGGUCAUGUUACCCAGAUUUAUUCCCUUUUUGAUGUGAUUCCUAAAUUCUGAAAAGAACAUAUUGGAAUGUGUAAUUAUCAGACCAUCUGAAGAAAAACGUUACUAGAACUACAUCGAAUUAAAGAAACCACCCUUUGAGCUACUCUGAGUCAGCACACAUCAAAUAUUGCACAUAAUCGCAUUGAGGCUGAUUGAUAUGACAAUACUUUGACAUGAUUUUGAGCAAGAAAUUCAUGCUCAAAACAUCAUCAUGGCAUAUAAAAAUGAACACCUGUAGGUCUAUAUUGUAAAAACAUUAUUCCCUGUUGAAACAUGUAUAAGAUGACUAAUACGAUGCAUUCUUUUGAUGCUUGUGUUGCUGGAAUCGUUGAUGAUACGAUAGAAAAGAUUUGUAGCUCAGGUGGAUGAUUUUGAUGUGGUUGUGUUCUCUCAGUAGAAUAGUUGAUUUCCGAAGCUUUCAUCACCCUACUCGGUGACAUCUCCAGCCCAUACUUCAAUUCCACGAAGUGAGGUUUUCGACUUACACACGAGUUUAUUAAUCAUCUCUCUUGAUGACCUUAGACGUGAUUGGUUGUUCAUGUGUGUGUUUUUACAUCUUCUAGGUUACUUGUAUUGCAAUUGGUUGUUUCUUUGACUUGAACUUUGACCGUUUGUGUGUGAAGUUCCUUUCUUAUCGGUUGAUAAAUUUCGUUUAUCUCUAUGUGUCUAUUGACUGAUGAUUAACUGCAAGGCCAAGCUUGUAAAAAUUCUCAAGCAUUCUUGUUGUUUCAUCUGUCUAAUAUUUGAACGUUGGUUGUCCAAGUCGAAUCGAUGUCCAUGGUUGUGUGUGUGUGUAGUGAUAUAAGGAAGUCGAUGUCAGCAUGUCUUUUGACGGCUAGCUUAAGUUCGUGGAUACGAUAAUGAAGGGGACGUUCACUUUGGCCAAUCUAGCGUAUUUCGCAGUUAAUACAAUUCAUUGUGUAGAUGAUGUUGUUGGUUUCAUCUUCUUUAGCUGUUGAGUCUUUUGGUUGACAUAGAAUUGAGUGAAGUGACUUUGUUGAUUUUUGUGCGACGUCAAUUCCAAUGUCACCAGGAAUGAUGAUUAAUAAACUCGUGGAGAAACCUGGAAGCUCACAUCGUGAAAUUGAAGUAUGCGCUGAAGAUGUCAUCCAUUAGGGUGAUGAAAGCUUCACAAAUCAACCACCCAGCUCAGAGAACACAACCACAUCAAGAUCGUUGAUGACUCUUCAAACCUGACAUACACAAAGAUGUGACUAGUUUCAAUACGUGUUGUGUUACAGUCUCGGAAUUACGACUAACCUGCUAAUAAUACACAGUCAUGAUUGUUGAAUCAUAUCGACUUCCCUCAACUAUCUGACAUUGAAGGAGACAAUGAGUAUGUGGUGAAAGCAGCCUUCUAGCCAAUUGGUUGACAUUAAUCUACGUCAGUGUCUAGGUCACUAAUAUGGGCCGUGAGAAAAUAUGAACAAGGCUGUUUCAACAACCAACCACAGCAAACUUAAACGUGGGCAAAUAUUACUCGCAGACAGGUGGCUCCACUUUCCGAAGAACUCGAAAACAACCAAUCAGAAGACUGCGUUUGUUUACUUGACUAGGCUAUAAUAAUGUAUGUGAAAUUUAUAUAAAUACGUGUUGAUUUUCGUAAUAAAACGAUCUGUUGCCUGGCCACUGUCUUCUGUUGUUACAAGUACGGGGAUUUCAAAUAAGCAACAAGUAUUUGUGAAGUAUGUUUAAGCCAGAUAAAUGAAUUGAAAUUCGUUUGAUAAACUAUUGUGAAUUCAGUCUCAUAGCAUGGAUUUUUCCUACUUUCAGAGUAGAUACUAGUGUCAGACCAUAUGAAGCGAGAAAUAUCAAUGAAGUGUGCCCAGUGAAAGAGACUGUAGCACCUGUUCAACCCGAACAUGGACAAUGGCAGCCAACUAUGGGUACCAUGAAAUUUAACUCUAGAAAUUGUUACUGCUUUCAAUAAAAACAAUGCAAUAAUUUAAUAAUCAAACAGUUUUAAUAAUGGAGUAUACUCUCUUAUUUUAUAAAAAUCUUUGUGUUACAUAACGUAUGUACUUUUAAAAUAUAAAGAGUGUUUAAUUUUACUGAAGUUUUCUUGUUGAGAAUAAACUGUGUGAAACACUUA